UGUCAUGACCGAAAUAAAUAAAUAAAUAAAUAAAUAAAUGUAGAUGAUGUUGUCGAAAUAUCAGAACGAAAGCAGUGUCAGUAAACUUUGGGAAAAGAGAAAUCCACAACUAAUAACAACUAACAACUAAUUUGUUGAAAUCCUCUUUAUGUCAAAAAGCGAUCACUCAAUAUACUUAUUUAGAAAAAGGCAAAAAACGGAGCUAACCACUGGCUGGGGUAACUGUCUGUCACUGAGCCGUCUGCUUAGCUGUGCACUUACCUGCCCGCACACCUCCUCAGUGAUGGUAGCCAAAAGUUGGUUCACAGACAUCCACUACAGACAGUGAUGUCCAGUGUUUUGGGGGCAGACCUCUUCAGAGAGGACCACGAAGUAGGUGAGAGUAAGUGUAGCUUGCUUUUCCUAGACUUAAAACCAUUGAUUAUGUCUGAACGCAUAAAUUACUGUGUCAAUGGAAAAAAAAACAUAAGCUGUUCCUGUUUGGGGUCAAAGGGAGCUGAAGGUGGCCUCAUAGACUUCUUAAUUUUAAAAGUGUUGUGGUUAUCGAGCAGUGACGUGCGGUCAGGUCAAUCUUGAAAAGAAAAAGAGAAGUUGAUUCUAAAAUAUAAUACAUUUUAAUAUAUGUCACCUGGUAUGUAUUACAAAUCCCUUUUCCGUACGAAUCCAGUAAUAAAAAAAGAUAUUUACAAUUAAUUAUGUCCCGUUCAAAUACAGGCAGGAGGCAGCACCUUGCUGUGCCGCUCGGUGUUAUCCUAUGGUAAUACCUCACAAACAGUGCCUGUAUGCGAUGCAAAUAAUGUGUCGCUGUGAUUCUGUAUAUCCAAAAUAAAACUAACGCAGACUAGUUAUGAAACAGCAGUGAAAAGUCACUCGGUGAGGCAAACAGUUACGCCUGACUCAAGGCAGAGGGCGCUGUGAGCAGGCAUGAACUGGCCAUCAGGUUGAAUUUCUUGAAGGACAUUGAGCUCGUCCAAUGAAAGCUCUGAGCCCUCCCCUUCCUCAGUAUCCUCCCUCCUUCCUUCCCAGGUAAUCAAAUGUUGCUAUUUGAGUUAAGACGUAACGGCGGAGUUGGAGCGAACGAACGAAUUAUGGAUAAAAAGCGUAAGGGGGCGCAGCGAAACUCGGGGAAAAAGGCUCAAAAUGACAACAACAAGUUCCGCGGGUGCAGGGCCGUCGGCGACGGCGUCAUCAUCAUCAUUGAGUGCGGAAGCAGUCCUAUCGAGUCCACCGGGGGCUGUCGGAGUGACACAUUCAGGUGGAUUCAGAUGAGGAGGAGGAGGAGAAGAGAGGAGACCCACAAGACCCAGUAACGACAGAUUAAGGAGCUACACACAGACUUGGAUGUAGGCGGCCGGAACAUCAAAUACGUCCUGGCAGGUGAAGGGGCUGGCACCAUCUUCGCCAUCAAUGAGUUAACGGGUGACAUCCACGCCAUGAAGAGGCUGGACCGCGAAGAAAAGGCAGAGUACACGCUGACUGCCCAGGUCGUCAAUGCCGAUACGGAUGAGCCCUUGGAGCCGCCGUCCGAGUUCAUCAUUAAAGUCCAGGACAUAAAUGACAAUCCACCACAGUUCAUCGAAGGCCCGUACCGAGCCUCUGUUCCAGAAAUGUCUGCUGUUGGUACCCCAGUUACCCGGGUAACAGCUACAGACGCCGACGAUCCAGUGUACGGGAACAGCGCUAAACUGGUCUACAGUAUAUUGGAGGGGCAACCAUAUUUUUCCAUAGACCCUAAUUCUGCGACCAUAAAAAUUGCUCUCCAUGGGAUGGAUCGGGAGAUGAGAGAGGAAUACCUGGUGGUCAUUCAGGCCAAGGAUAUGGGAGGUCACAUGGGGGGCUUGUCUGGCACCACAACAGUGACCGUCACACUCACGGACAUCAACGACAACCCACCGAAGUUCUCUAAAAGUUUGUAUGAGUUUGUAAUCCCCGAAGACCUGCCGCUGGGGACAAUGGGAGGCAAGGUGAAGGCAAAUGAUAGAGACAUCGGCGAGAAUGCCAAGUCGUCAUAUGGCAUCAUCGAAGGGGACGACCAAGGCACGUUUGAGAUUGCUACGGAUGCGCAGACGCAAGAGGGGAUUCUCCGACUGAAAAGGCCGUUGGACUACGAAAGCAAGAGAGCCUACACGCUGAAAGUGGAGGCCACCAACCUCCGCCUGGAGCCGAGCAGCGGGCCCUUCAAAGACACAGCCACGGUGAAGAUCGUGGUCGAAGACGCCGACGAGCCCCCCGUUUUCUCCAGACCUAUGUACUUACUGGAAGUGAACGAGAACGCCCCCAUCAACACAGUCAUAGGGACGGUCACCGCGAGGGAUCCAGAUUACACAGGAAGUCCUGUCAGAUACUUCAUCGAUCGGCACACAGACCUGGAGAGGCAGUUUAACAUCAAUGUAGACGAUGGGAAGAUCACACUUGCCAAGCCGCUGGACCGGGAGACGGACAUGUGGCACAACAUCACAGUAACUGCCACAGAAGUCAGAAAUCACAGUCAGAUAUCAAGAGCAAUUGUGGCCAUAAGAGUAAUGGACAUAAAUGACAAUGCCCCCGAGUUUGCCACUGAAUAUGAGGCCUUUCUGUGUGAAAACGGAAAUCCUGGACAGGUGAUCCAGACCGUCAGCGCAGUAGACAAAGACGACCCAAUCCAGGGCCACUACUUUGACUAUCGUUUAGUGCCCGAGAUGCUCAACAACCCCAAUUUUACCAUCAAAAACAACCCAGACAAUUCAAUCAGCGUGCUCGCCAAACAUGAUACCUUCCGACGACAGAAACAGGAGAUGUACUUCCUGCCAAUCAUUGUGACGGACAAUGGGAAUCCACCGAUGAGCAGCACCAACACUCUGACCAUCCGAGUCUGUGGAUGCAGCAAGGACGGCAUAGUGCAGUCGUGUAAUGUGGAGGCCUAUGUCUUACCUAUUGGCCUUAGUAUGGGAGCCCUCAUUGCCAUCCUGGCCUGCAUUAUACUGCUGUUAGUAAUAGUCGUACUAUUUGUGACCCUGAGAAGACACAAGAAUGAGCCUCUGAUCAUCAAGGAUGACGAGGACGUGAGAGAGAAUAUCAUCCGCUACGAUGACGAAGGAGGCGGCGAAGAGGACACGGAGGCAUUCGACAUCGCCACGCUGCAGAACCCAGACGGCAUCAGUGGUUACUUACCUCGCAAGGACAUCAAGCCCGACCUGCAGUUUAUGCCCCGAGCAGGCCAGCAGUCGGGCCCCAAUGGUGUGGAUGUGGAUGAGUUCAUCAACAUACGGCUUCACGAGGCAGAUAAUGACCCCACAGCGCCCCCUUAUGACUCCAUACAGAUCUAUGGAUACGAGGGUCGUGGAUCCAUUGCUGGCUCACUCAGCUCACUAGAAACUGCGUCGUCAGACUCAGACCAGAACUAUGACUAUCUCAGAGAGUGGGGUCCACGCUUCAGAAGACUGGGGGAGCUCUACUCUGUGGGCGAGAGUGACCGCGAGACCUGACCUUUGGUCUGUUAGGGGAAAAAAAGACCUUCGCGAUUUGUUUUCUGUCCGCAUACUUGUGUAUUAAAUGCUAGGGGGUUUGCUGGCUUUUAGGUACAGGUGUUUAAAAACAAACAAACAAACAAACAAAAAAAAAUAACAGUUAAAAAGGGAGGCCAACUUUUUGUAUUCUUAUUAGAGUGAUAGCAGUUGUCAUCCACUACGUCAAGCGCAUUGUAACUGUUGAGCCAAACAAUGUCUUUUUAUUAGGAGAGCUAUGAUUCUUGUGGAGUGUAACUUAGAUCCCUUUGUGGAGUGUCUAGCAGUAUUUUGGGUGUUAGUCAUUUGCCGUGACUGCCAGUAGCAGAAGAAUCCUGGGUUUGCUGAGAGUUGCCCAAUGAAGUGAAAGGAUGGAUAUUUUUGGGUUCUCUCAAGCUUGAGUGGACAUCAUACUCCAUGCGACAAGGGCAGCGAGCUGGACUACAAAAGCUGCAGAAGGACUCUUGUUUCAUAACUGGCUGCCGAAGCCGCACUGCUGAUUGGUGAGCUGAAACAAAACGAUGAUAAAAGCAAUAUAUGGUCUACAUUACAAUGAUGAAUGUAUGGAUGAUUGAAAAAAAGCAAAAAGACAAACACCAGUAUUGGCUUUAAAUGGCUUUGAAUUUGUUAUCAUUUGAUACAGUGUGUUCUCUGGUGGCAACAUUUAUAAACUAUCUAAAGCCCAGAAAGGCUUGCUUUAUACAACUCUUUGUAUUUACAUGCUACAGGUGUGGGUCGCAAGUGUUACUAGCCUAUAAAAGACUGAGAUGAAGACAAAAAAGAGAAAUGUAGAAACUCUGAGGCCUUCUUUUUACAGAAGCAACAUUAAAUACAAUUGUAAUCUACUGUUUUUUGACAAGAGAUGUGUUGAUUCCUCAUUAUUGUUCUAUGAGUUUUUGUAUAUUUGUUCUUAAAUCAUUUCUUUGUGCUGACAGUUUGUGGUGUAUUUAGAUUAUUUCACAUGAAGCUGUUUUUCAGCCACUUGAACACGAUUUCAUAAUAGCCAAACCUUAUCAUGAAUUUACUGCAGUUGAUGAAAUAGACUAGAUGUAAGCGGGCACCAAGAGCUCACUCGCAAGUUACUGUAACAAUGCAGAUGAUCUACUCAUUUGGGACUGUAAGGAGUGUCUCAUACUAUAUUUUGGGGUACAGCCAGUGGCCGGUUGAGCACAAAUGUCAAAAUUGAUACCUACCCAUAGUAUGUGACUCUCUCCAGACAUCAAAUCUCAUUUAGGAAAGAUUGCAUUAGCCCAAGAAAAAAAAUGGAGACUCAAAUCCAGACCAUGUGCAUAUUGUGCUUACACUGUAUGAUAUCAAGAAAAUGACUUGUACUGUACAUAGCGUUACUGCUAAUGUCAUUAGCUUUUAAUGAGGUGGUAGGUUUCGUCUCUGCACGUUAGCUCUUGCACAUAACGAGAAUCUCAAUGGCACUACAGCUGCGUGCAUACUCAGUUUGUACUGAUACAGUAUUAUGGCAGUUCUCGGUAGACUAAACAAUAUAUACGGAAUAGUCCUACAUGCAGAUCAUAUUUUCUACUGUGCUUUAAUGCUUAUAAAUGUGUAUGUUCAAUUAUUUACUCCCUGUACUGUAAUCUAAGAUACCCUGUAUUGUUUCCUACUUUGUGAAAUAUAUUUUUAUAAAUA